GCUUCUGUACAGGACACCUAACCAUGCACGUCGCCAAUGUAAUAGAGGAAGAUCAAGUAGAAGAUUCGGCGAGGGAACAUCCGAGUAAAGAUACCCCGUUCAAAGAUGCGCCCGUCUUCGUUCCAGAUACACUACUUCCUAUCAAGCUUGACUGCGGCGAGUUUCGAACGAAAGACAUCCGCUCUUGGCGUAAUCCAGAGCACGUUACCGUCGGAGAGGCAAUGUUCAGAGUUCCCAGCUGCUAUACGCGAACUGUCCUGCUCGGUAUCAACGAGAUGGAUGUGAAUAUUCUACGCCUCAAAGCAGAAGUUCGCAGCGUCGCGGACGACCGCGCCUUCGUCAACAUGGUCACGUGGGCGGACACCAAGCACUGUGGGUCUGGGUGCUCGUGGCUCAGUCCUCCCUCCAACGAUCCCGACAUCCAGUCAGGGCGAUACAGCACUACCCAGGAUCAUGAUCAUUCGAAAUCUCAGAAGAAGACUUGGCAUAGGGUCACCUUCGAGCACCCUUAUGCUGCACCGCCGAAGGUCGUCGUUUGGCUCGACUCCAUCAACAGCGGGCCCGGGCACAACGUACGCGUGACCGCCUGGGCGGACGGUGUCACAUCUGAUGGUUUCACGAUCCACCUCGAUACCUGGCACGACUCGAACUUGUGGUCCGCGGGCGCGACGUGGCUUGCGCACUCGGCCUGGCGCACGGACGUGCGCAGCGGAACUUUCGGGAUCGAGGACGUGCGACCGUCAAGCGCGCACCGCCCCAAGAACCAUGGGCGCGUCUCGUGGGGUGCGCCCGAGAUGGCAAGACCGCCGCGCGUGUUCACGGCGCUCAGGAUGCUUGACUUCCGGGACGGGAAGUUCAUACGCCUCAGCAUGAACACAAGCGAGGUCACCACGACGGGCAUGACCUGGCAUAUGGAUAGCUGGGAAGACACGAUAUUUUAUCAGGCAGGAGCUGUGUUCGUUGCUUUCAAUGACGAGCAGUAAUCUACGGACUUCAAAGCUUGAUACCCUAGCUCCGGCAGCAGCGCAUUCGAGAUGCCGACGAGGAAGCCGAGGCCCCAAUUCCGGAUGCAGGCAUCUCAUAUCUGUACGUAAAGUGCAUGGCAUUGUAAUUAAACCUUUCAGGUAUUGCAUGUAGCUUCGGCUCAAAGAUAGUCGUCUGGCUCAAUGAGUGGACCCGGGAUCACCGCACGCGUGACCGUCCGGGC